AUUAUCCCUCCGUCUUCCGUGGCCUGCGAGCGACUAAAGGCAAAAACGAAAACAGAACACUCUUUUACAGUGGCCGUCCUUCCCUGCCGGCGGUUCACCGUUCCGAUGCCUCGGACGUUCGGGAUCCCUUGGCCGGAACUUAACGACGGCCUGUUCUACAACGACGUCGUUCCUUCCAACCAUUCAGGAUCGACUCUCAUAGACUUCUACUCUACCAAGUACAAGAAUUCGGCUCCACUGAAAGGUUGGUUGCAGAGAAUUCACAAUGGACAGAUAAAAGUUGAUGGAGUUGUUGUUAAAGAACCCAACACUGUCCUCAGGGACGGUUCUGAGUUGAUCUAUCACAGGCUUCCAUGGAGAGAGCCGGAUGCACCUUGGUCUUUGGAAGUACUAUAUGAAGAUGAUGAUGAUAUGGUUGCUUUAAACAAGCCUUCUGGCUUGCAAGUCUUGCCGGGUGGACUGUUUCAGCAACGCACCGUUCUAACUCAACUCCAAUGGUUGGCAAGCAACCAAAGCUCUUCUGCUACAGCUAGCCAGGGAUCGCAUCCUGUUCCUGUGCACCGCCUGGGGAGAGGCACCUCUGGAAUAUUGCUCUGUGCGAAGUCCAAGCGUGCGAAAAUUCAACUUGCUGCAUAUUUCGCAGAAGGGACAUCUCUCAUUGGUGGCAACAGCUUAGAGCCUGUCAAAGGAAGGAAAAUCUCGAAGAUAUACAGAGCCCUAGUUGAUGGAAUACUAAGAGAGGAUACGGUUGUGAUCAGGCAACCAAUUGGGACUGUGCGUUAUCCUGGUGUGGCUAAAGGGCUCUACGUUGCUUCAGCCUCAGGAAAACCUGCAUUGAGCCAAGUUCGGGUGCUUGAGAGAGAUUUACCAAGAAACUGCACAUUAGUCGAGGUGAAGAUCGAGUCAGGACGGCCACAUCAAAUCCGCAUUCACCUUUCAUUCAUAGGGCAUCCUUUAGUUGGUGAUCCACUAUAUGUUGCUGGAGGGAAGCCGAGAUGUCUUGAUUCUGAAAUAGUAGAUGCGAGUUUCGCGCCAGACGGGGGUUACGAAAAACCUAACAAGCCAGUGCCUGGAGACUGCGGAUACUACUUGCAUGCACAUCAACUGACUAUUACACACCCAUCCACUUGUGAGGAGAUACACAUCACAGCUCCUCUUCCACCCAUUCUACGAACACAAGCAGAGUCCCAAGUCGCAGAAGCAUAAUAUCUCUAUCUAGUCUCAUGUCUGCAGAUUUUGUUCAGUCAUAAUGAAUUCCUAGCUGUGCAAGCUGCUCUGUUCUGGUUUCAGGUAGAUAAUACUUUGAGCGUAUGUGUAGAAGUAGAACUGAAAAUAUGUACCAAAAGGAGGUAGUUACUUCCACCAGAGAAGAAUUCUGCAGUCACAUGAUCAAAACGUUAACAUUCUAAUGAAAUUAGGAGUAGAAAGUCAGAACUGUUGAGAGACAGAAGGAAAGCUAAACGAUGGAAGGGGGCAGGUGCUAUCAGUGAUUCAAUCCCAACCUCUUUUUUUGGGCACAUUAUUUUCUGUAUUCUUCAUCAAAUACAACAAAUACAAAAGGGUUGGCCUGAAAAUGUUACAAACGCUCCUUCCCUACUUAAAUUACUCUAUUUUUUAACCUUUUUCCUGACGGAUUAGAGAAACCAUCCGUCCCCUCAGUCCCCUAUCACUGCAUUAAUUAAACAAUUACAAAAACUAUGAUACAGGGCGCGGCAACCAAAACACUUUCAUUUGCCACUAGGCUCUUCCCUUUUAGGAGCUGGCUGGCAGGCCGACCUCUUCUUCACUAUCUCAGCACAUCCCCCUUGCCUCUCCAACUACUACUAGUAGAAUCAUCCUGCCUCUUCACAUUUAUCGUCCCUCCAUUUGAGGAACCACCAAAUUGAUGAUCAGCCUUGGCUAAGUGCAUCUUAAUGGCCGUCACAGGAUCUGACACAGCCUGACGAAUAACACUACUGCUUCCACCUCUAACUGCUGCAAUGCUACUCAUUCCCAUUCCUACUGCUGCCGCUGCCGCCGCCAUUCCAUGCUGCUGUAGACUCGAAAUUGAAUCGAACACAAAUGGUGGCUGCAGUUUGUUGGUAGCAUCAUGAUGACUCAUGUACCUCUGGAAAUCCAGCAGUGCGUUACUGCUUACAUCCUUUUGAGGGAAACCAGGUAAGCCAUUCAUACUUCGUUGUUCACUGUUCUUAGCUACGACAGCAUGCAAUGCUGCUGCAGGAUCAAUCUUCGGUGAUGAGGAAACCCCUGGGUAAUUGCUAAAUGCAGCAGGAUACUUGGCCAGCAAGAUUGCAGAAUCAGGCAACGAUGUCAGCCCAGUCUGUAUUCUGCUCCCAUCCCAAAAACCAUAACUCCUCAUUGGAACACUAUUCUCCAUCAACCCUCCUGCACCACAUUUGUUCUGAUCAAAAUUCAGCAAACUCGCCAGAUUCCCUGCAUCUGAUGAACUGGGAUUUGGAUGGCCAGUAAAUUUAAAGGUAGAUGAGCUGCUGCAGCUGCUGCUUGUCUUCACAGGGAGGGUGCUGCCAUUUUCAUCAUGCCCAUGUGCUUCAGGAGGAUGGUCUGGCUUCUUCUGUGAAGAUGACAAAGUAGUGCUUAGUAUUUUACCGAAGAGUUUAACAUCACCAUUCCUGCAUGGCUUCUCCACUUCUGACGAGUUUUGAGGCUGCUCACUUGCUCGUUCAGAAUGUUGGCUGGAGUUCUGAAGGUAGCAGGCCUCGGCCAACUGACUGGAUAUAAUAAUCUCUUCAGAUUUUUUCAAGACUGCACCAUUAGAAAUAGUAGGUCUGCAGGAAGUAACAUCAUUCAACUGCUUCGCGGGAAUUUCAGCUGCGGAACCACUAUUAAGUUGAGCAGAUCCCCAAUGAUUCAGCACAGGGUGGCCAAGCAAAGGCUGCACAUGGCCAUUUCCACAGAUAGACCUCCCAUCCUGUUUAUCACUAUUCUCAUGAAGAUCAACACUGCCAGCUUGCUUUCCACAGAAAGUCCUGUUACCCGAGUCAUGCACUUUGCCAUACUGUGUUAGUGCAACAGAGUCUGCACUAGACACGUUACUAGCUUCCAAUGGGAAAGACAUGACAGCCAGACUGGUCUCCACAGAACUCACUUCAGCUUGCUUUUGAUUCAUAAUUUCAGUAACAGGACUUUCAUUUGAGGAAGAGCCCAUAUCCAAUGGAGGAGGGUGCGAGACUUCUUUGGUUACAUUCAAAUCUUGUAUAAGACUGUUCUCAGAUUUCCUGACAGGGACUUCUUUCCCAGCUUCAAUUUCAGAUACACAAACCAGGUUGGAUGAUGGACCAGAAUUGGCUGCAUCUCCAGUAAAGCAAGAUUCUGAAAAGCCCUCUUUAACUACACACUCUCGUUCACCUUCUGUAACAACAGACUCCACUGAAACUUUCUGACCACUCAUGAAAAGAGAAUUAUGAUGAACAAACCCAUUAAUGACUUCACCAUCAACUAGAUGAGUUGACUGAAGCAAGUAAUCUUUCGUGCCAUUAGAAACCAUAGCAGUAUCCACAACCAUUAAAUGCUCAUCUUCCAUAGCUUCUUCUCCAACAUCUUUAUCCCCCGAUAAAUUCAAAUCAUUUUCAUGAUUAACUCUAGCCUCACCAUCACAAACAUCGUCCUUCAGCUUCUCCCCAAUAGCGCACAUAACUGGAGGCAGGUCCAGGUCCACCUUAGAAGGAAAUUCUUCUGAACCAUUCUCGAUAGCACAAGCAUCUUCAAUGUCGCUCCCACCUCCAUUUGCAUCCUCACUCAAAGAUGGGCCAACUGUCACUCUUCCAGAAUGAAUCUGAUCCAGCCCAAGACACUUUUUUGUUUUGCUAAAGAACACCUUGCACUGAGCCUCAGACCUUGUCCGGACACCACGCGAGAUACUUGCAAAAUCCUUGCCAUACAAAGAAACUGCCUGAACAAAAGCUGCUUUCUCCUCAUCUGUCCAAUCAGCAGUAGCAUUCAUUUCCCCACAGCUAUCAUCAGAACAAGUUUCCUCCUCAUCUGCACUGUGGGUUACAUCAGUUAAAGAAGGACGUAUAUUCCUAUUCCCACUCCCUCUCUUUCGGGCAUUACGUUCAUGGAAUCCCUCACCACGAUCUGCAGAAGUAGUAAUGCAAGAGCUCAUCGAACCACUAAUACCAGCAAGCACAUCAGCAGCAGCAGCUGUUUCUCUUUCAUUGACCACGGCAUCAUAAUUGUUUGACCUUUCUGAUGAAAUACUGUCUCCAUCUCUCAAUAUUUUGCAAUUAUUACUAUUAUAGCCUCUGAUUAAAAUUUUAGUAGAAUGCUUCUUUCUGCUAACCAUGCCCCUGUCAGAAUCAGUCAUAACUGAUGCAGUACCCAAAACAUCCAGUGGAGCUGCUGCGGUCAUCUCACGAUUCCACUUCUGACUUGAUGACGACAUCAAGUAGUUCGUCAAUGACUUGGAUUGCUUAUUCUUCUUGAUUUUUCUAAAUGAAUCAGACUUGUGAUUUUUGUAAUAAAAUUCAACACAGUCUGCAGUCGUCUUGUGUUCAAGAAACGAAGCAAUCUUCGUGAAAUCCUUACCACAAGAAGCCAGCUUAUCAAUAAAGACUUCACGCUCCUCCUGAGUCCAGGGAUUAAUCAUAGCUCUUUCCCUCUCAACUGCACAGGGAUCUUCAACUAAUCCAUUGCCAGAAAUAAACCUUGACGCUAUUUUUUCCUUGUCAUCCAAAAUCUGUGCUGGCAUUUUCAAGUUAUCCCUGUAAGCUUUGACAUUGCAAUCUGCAAGCAGCUUGCUAAUGAAUUUCAAUGUCUCUGGAGUAGGAACCAGUCUCGUAUUGCCUGGUGAAUAGAUCCGUGUGCGAGAUGAAGACCGAUGUUUCUGAUACGUGUUGUGAAUAGGCCGCAAACUUGAGUCAAAUUUCUUCAGGGACUUUGCCUUGUGUUUCUUCACAGAGAGCAAGUGUAGAUCUUCCUUCCACAAAUGUUGCAAGGCUUUGAACUUUAGGGCCACCACUUUCUCCUUGAACAUUGUGAAGCGUUUCUUCAUUAUAAACUUCUCUCUCAUAACACGAUCAGUUUGCAUUGACAGCAUACUGGUAACUCUUGAGCAAUCAACCGAGGAAAGAUCAGUAGGCAAUAAUCUCUUGAAUUCGCCAGCUGCUGCACAAGCAAAUUCCUUAUUCGAAGCCAAUAUGGCAGCACAUACAUUAUCUUCUCCAUCUGCCACUGAUCUUGCCGGAGCAGAUACAAGUGCAUGAUUACUGCAGCGGACGAGAAAAUUAACAUCGCCUGGUGAAACAGCACUGUCUUUCUCACUCGUCACAGGCACUUCACAUUUCGAGUCCACACCUGAAUGCUCAAUUGCCACUACAGCAGCAUGCUCAGUGUCUAUCACCAUAUCAGAUGAAGAAGUCCGCACCGACAAUACAGGUUCUAUAAACUUUGACGUAGCAGUUCCAGGACUAUCAAUGUCAUCAUCCUUGGCACCAGUACCACCACCUUCAGUGGCGCCAUCAGGAAUACGAUUUUUUUCCAGAACCUCAUCCUUAUUGGAUACAACUUGCAGAGAAGGAGGACGGAGAGCAACACCAGAUAAUUUCUCCAGUUCAUUGCAAGGGAUAGCAUCUCUAUGUUCGGCUAAGGAACUGAAUGAUGGGCAUGGCAGCUUGCUUCUAUAAUCAGACUUCAACGACUUUAGUUCAUUUUCAAGACUAUCUAUCUCAGACUCUGUUGUUUCUAGGGCCUUCAUAACAUCACCUUUCCAAACAAGUAACUUAUUCAUUCCCGUCAACUUCACAAAACUGGAGUCCAUAGAACACAAAUCCUCAGACUGAAGCAUCUCAAUGAGCGAGGACUCCACAUUAGCAAUAUCCAGCUUUUCUAAACUAAAAGAGAAACCCCCGGGAUGGCUUUGAGAGCCGAAACUCGGCGAACCACAUAAAUUACUGCCGUCAUUAUCAACACUCAUUGCCUUGCAAGAACUUUUCUCCUCUACACCUGGUGAGGAACUACAAGCAACAGAGGAAGGUGUUGCAGGAGAAGAACAACCUGGAAAUCCCAGCAGCCUGGGGCUUUUUUCUGCCAGGCUUGAACUGUGCGAGUGAACAGGUUCAGCAGUGUUAGCAAACAAGAUGGUACCAUCUCUGGUCAAGCUAAUCUCGGGGUCUUUCCGCUUCUCAAACUUUGCCAGUCCCUCACCCCAUCUAAGGCGCGGCUUUUUCCUUGAGGUUGUGUCAUCGGAAGGUGCCACUGAAGUAUCACAGACAGCAGCUGCUGCAUUCUCUGAGGAAGACCGAAUUGGAGGUUCAUUCUUUGGCAUCACCGCUAUCUUUCCUCCAUUAGAGUCUACUGCCCCAAGACUUUUCGAACUACUGGAGUGGCUGAAUCCAGAUCCCCUAGAGGACAAACUUCCUGCUCGAGUCCACUUAAGGGGUUUCCAGUCCAGUGAGUUCUCUUUUUCAACUCUCUCACCUGAACCCAAAGCACCGGGACCACCCUCCUUAUUACUGUCACGCUGCUCUUUCAACUGAAGCUGGCCCCAUGUGUUUACCAAGUCAGAAUUAGGAGGAUGAGAAUGAGGAUAGGUUAGCAUAUCAUCAACUGACCUCUGAUCAUUACUCACAUCAUGGAAUCUUCCAGGUCCAUUUGGAGACCCAUUGCUCAUCUCGCAUGAAUGAGCUCUCCAGUCUCUCUGUCCAAAAGGCCCCCGGUUGUUAUCUCUACUGGACCUGCCAUAUUUCCCGUCUCCGCGUGAAAAUGGUGGUCUACCAUUAUCACCUUCCUGCAUCUUGUCGCUUGACCUGGAGGGUGUAUACCCAUAACCAGGUUCUUCAGCAAACAGGUGCCAACCACCCUGCUUACCAUGACCUUCACGCCUGCGGAACUCGCCGGAUCCUCCAGUCCAGCGAGGAGUAAACUCGCGGUAGGAUCCAUAAUGACCUCCUCCUGAGGGCAAGUCCCUCCAUCGCGGUGUGGACCCUAAGGAAGACGACGACUCGGACCUCUCAUGCCUCUUCCGGUCCCAAGGCAAUGGCUCUGGCGGCAUUAAACAGAAACAGAGAAACGGCGCUCGCUGAAACCCUAAUCCUGGCUACAGCUAUCCGGCAUGAGACAACAAUAAAUGAAAGAAAAACCAACAACUGCUCUUCCCCAAACCCUAAAGCAAAAUCGGCAAAAGGCUGCCGCAAAAAAAAAAAAAAACUGGGCAGCCCCCAAAAACCCUAGCAGCUGAACAGAAGCCCGGUGGCCAAGUGAAUUGAGAAGAAGAAGAAGGGUGCGGGAGAUAAUGGGCAGAUCGCAAAGGGGACUGGAUUGGAUUGGAUUAGAUUGAGUGCAGCUGUAACAGCUUAAGGAGAUUGGAGUUGAACGGUGGGGGAGCUUGUUGGCUCUUUCUCUUCAGUUUUCUCUCUGGCUUUUUCUGGGGGCGUUGCUUGGUUACAAAGAAAAUAAUA